AAAUAAUAAAAGUACACGAAGCGAUCCUUGGAGAUAAUAUUAAAUCCGGUCGGAGACGAGACUAAAGCUUCGCCGGGGGAGUUUGUUCCGGAAGAAAAAAAUGGUGUUUCUUAAGGCAGCGAUUAUUGUUGCCCUAAUCUGCACUUUUCUCACAGUUGCUUCUUCUGUUCCUUUCAUAGUUCUGCAUGGAAUUGGGGAUAAAUGCAGUAAUGCAGGAGUGAAACAAUUCACAGAGCUUUUAGGUGAUUGGUCUGGUUCUCAGGGAUAUUGCUUGGAGAUUGGGAAUGGCUCAUGGGACUCAUGGACCAUGCCCCUCCUUGAUCAGACAUCUCUUGUUUGUGACAAGGUGAAAAGUAUGCCUGAGCUUAGUGAUGGUUACAGCAUUGUGGGGCUUUCUCAGGGUAACAUGAUUGGUCGAGCUCUCAUUGAGUUUUGCGAUGGAGCACCACCUGUUAAGAAUUUUGUUUCGGUAGCCGGUCCUCAUGCUGGUACUGCAUCGAUUCCUUUCUGCGGCGCUACCUGGAUUUGCAUCAUGUUGGACAGUAUGAUCAAAGCAGAGAUCUAUGGUGACUAUUUGCAGGAACAUUUGGCCCCUAGUGGUUUUCUCAAAAUCCCAACUGACAUAGCCGGUUACAUGGAAGGUUGUAGGUUUCUCCCAAAGCUAAACAACGAAUAUUCAGUUAAAAACUCUACUUAUAAGGAGAGGUUCUCAAGCUUGGAAAAUCUUGUGCUUAUUAUGUUUGAGCAUGACACAAUACUGAUUCCUAAAGAGACCUCAUGGUUUGGAUAUUAUCCUGAUGGCUCCUUUAAGACCAUUCUUCCGCCCCAAGAGACCAAGCUCUAUACUGAGGACUGGAUCGGUUUGAGAACCUUGGAUGAAGCUGGAAAGGUGAAGUUCGUUAACGUCUCUGGAAAUCAUCUUCAGAUAUCUGAUACAGACAUGAAGAAGCAUAUAGUGCCAUACCUCUCUGACAAAGCAUCAUCUUCAUCAUUCACAACAGUGUCAGUUUCCGAGUCGUCUUCCUCACCCCAGUGGCUUCCAAGUGUAGGGACCGUUAUCAUGGAUCUGAUUGGUCCAGACGUGGAUCAGCUUCAGCUUGUGCUGCGUCAUGUCUGAGUCUGAUGUUCUCUGUUGUUGUAUAUCUUCUUACUGAACACAAUUGUCACGUGUUAAGUUUGUAACUUGAAGGUAAAACAAGAAAAGCGUUCCAAAAUC